GUCCUCACCUGGUUGCCAUACACAUUAUAAUGUUCCCCAGUAUCUUUCACUCCCUGUGCCCUCGUGUUUAAUAGUCUGUAAUGAGUGCAAUCUCUUCGAUUUUUCUUGCAAUGAACUCUGUUCUGCUGAGCCAUGGUUGUUCAUAUUCCAUUACAGGAUUAAUUUGUUAAUUUUUUUGUAUUAUGUUUUUCUCUGAGCUUGACACCUUUAGGAGUUGUAAUAUAAUUUCUGUCUGCUGCACAUGAGGCUUUUUCCCACAGGAUAAAUGCAUAUAUCUACAGCAACAGCCACCUAUACAUUGGGCAGAUUCCCUCAAAUAUAAGUCAUCUGUUGAAUCUAUGGGAUCAAGAUCUUGCUGAUGAGUCUACAAACUUUCACCAUAGACCAUUAAUCAGUCACUUAUGAUCCUGCAGUAAAUUAAAAAGUUAGGGUUUUGGGGUGAAGAUACUGUCAUCCACACUGAUCAGAGACUCAAUAAUGAGCUUACACUUUUUUUCCACAGUUUUAAAUUGAAGAGAAAAUGUCACUUUACGAUGACUUGGGAGUUGAGACCAGUGAUUCUAAAACAGAAGGCUGGUCCAAGAAUUUCAAACUCCUACAAUCUCAACUGCAAGUGAAGAAAGCAGCUCUCACACAAGCAAAGAGUCAGAGAACAAAGCAAACAACGGUCCUUGCUCCAGUGAUUGACCUGAAACGAGGAAGCUCUUCUGAUGAGAGACAGAUUGUGGACACACCACCUCAUGUAGCAGCUGGCUUAAAGGAUCCUGUACCCAGUGGUUUCUCUGCAGGAGAUGUGUUGAUUCCUUUGGCAGAUGAGUAUGAUCCCAUGUUCCCAAAUGACUACGAGAAAGUGGUAAAACGUCAAAGAGAGGAGCGACAGAGGCAGCGUGAGCUGGAGAGGCAAAAGGAGAUUGAAGAGAGAGAAAAAAGACGUAAAGACAGACAUGAAGCCAGUGGGUUUUCAAGAAGACCAGAUCCAGAUUCUGAUGAAGAUGAAGAUUAUGAAAGGGAGAGACGAAAAAGAAGUAUGGGAGGAGCUGCCAUUGCACCACCCACUUCUCUUGUUGAGAAGGACAAAGAACCUGUUUCAUCAUUUCCAUAUGAAGAGGAGUCAAGACCUCGGGCACCAUCUUCUAAAGCAGCUAUUCCUCCUCCAGCUUAUGAUGAGCCAGAAAGACCUCGUUCCCCCACAGGGCCUAGCAACUCUUUCCUUGCUAACAUGGGAGGAACAGUAGCUCAUAAAAUCAUGCAGAAGUAUGGUUUCAGAGAGGGCCAGGGGCUGGGGAAACAUGAACAGGGGCUGAGCACAGCACUGUCAGUAGAGAAAACAAGCAAGAGGGGUGGCAAGAUCAUUGUUGGCGAGUCUACAGAGAAAGAAACGGGCAAGAAAGCGGAUUCAAACCCCUUGACUGAGAUACUGAAGUGCCCAACUAAAGUGGUCUUACUAAGGAACAUGGUCGGUGCAGGGGAGGUGGAUGAAGAUCUAGAAGUUGAAACAAAGGAGGAAUGUGAGAAGUAUGGCAAGGUUGGGAAAUGUGUCAUCUUUGAGAUUCCUGGUGCCCCUGAUGAUGAAGCUGUAAGAAUAUUUUUAGAGUUUGAACGGGUUGAAUCUGCCAUCAAAGCUGUUGUGGAUCUAAACGGAAGAUACUUUGGAGGCAGAGUCGUGAAGGCUUGUUUCUACAACCUGGACAAGUUCAGAGUACUGGAUCUGGCAGAGCAAGUUUGAUUUUAAAAAUCUAGCUGGAGGUGUCACUGUUUUUGGCAAUCACGUUUUCAGCAGUAGGCUGGGAGUGAGGAGGAGAGCAGCAGCUUUCCCAGCAAACUGGAAACAAGCCUCAUUGAAUGGAUUUUUCACAUUCGUUGUGACAUUUUUUGUUUUGUAAUAUAAAGCCCUUUGAAAGUAA